AUGUCUGAGAAUGAUGAGUUGAAUAGCUUCUUUGCCAAGAAGGAUAAAAAGGCAAAGUCAAAGACAGUUAUCAAGCCUGCUGUGGUUCAGCCAACUCCAGUUGCUGCCGCUGCUGCACCAGUGGUCACUGCCACUGCCAGUCCAAAGACUACAUCAGUUCAUACAUCAACCGAUUCAACACCAACAGUUGAUUCACCAUCUUCAGAACCAUCAAUCACAUCACCAGUCACCAGCACCAAGGUCAAGGCUGUCGUUGAUCUGUCACAAUCAAAGCAAAAGGAUGUUACUCCAAUCACCAAUAUAACCGAGUUGAAAGAGUCAAAGCUGGACACAGUUCAUAUUCCAUCAAAUAUGAGAUGGGCAGAGAAGACUGAUUCGCAUGUGACACCAGUCCAAGUAUUGGCACCAAACAAGUCCAUAAAGAGUUUCCCAACUCUUGCCUCUGCAAUGGAGGAGAAGAAGAAACCAGAGAUUGAUCACGUGUUAUACGUUAACCAAGAUAAGGAGCAGGAUCCACAAGAGCCAGCAUCAGCAUCGUCCGACUCCUCUUCCAAGAAGUCAAAGAAGCCACAAUCCAAGCCAAAGAAGAAGUCAAAGCAAGAGUUGGAGGCUGAGGCAUUGAUGAAGGAGCUUGGCCUUGAGGAAGAGAAGGCUCCAUCAAAGCCAAAGAAGAAAUAA